UCUGUAUAUAUUGCAGGAAUGUGUCAACUAAUUCCAUAACGGGUCCCUUUCCAGCAUUCAUCGGCAACAUAACCAGCAUGCUGUACUUGGAUGUCUCAGAAAAUUACAUGACGGGUCCCUUGCCAGCAUCUAUCGGCAAUUUAAAGCACCUGAGCUACCUGAAUAUAGCCUCAAACAACUUCACUGGUUCGCUCCCACCUGAGCUGGGGAAUUUGACAAGUCUGCAAAUACUAUCCAUUGAUAGCUGUGGGCUAAGCGGCGAGAUUCCUUCAACAUUUGCCAACUUGAUUAACGUGAAUACCUUGUGGGCAUCUGAUAACAACUUCACAGGAAAAAUACCUGAUUUCAAUGGGAGUCGGGCUCUCAAUUAUUUGAUAAUGCAAGGCAAUGCUUUCGAGGGUCCCAUACCAUCCAGUUUUUCUAAUCUGACCAAACUGACCGAGUUGAGGAUCAGUGAUGUGUCUAAUGGGAGCUCCUCGUUGAAUUUUAUUGAGAAUAUGACAUCUUUACGCAUCUUAGUCCUAAGAAACAAUAUGAUUUUUGGUACUAUCCCGUCCACCAUUGGAAAACAUCAAUCGUUGCAGCAUAUGGAUUUAAGCUUCAACAAUUUAAGUGGCCCAAUUCCAGAUUCUCUCUUCAAUAUGAGUGCCCUUGUUGACCUGUUUCUUGGAAACAACAGCUUAUCUGGUACACUGCCAUCCCAAAAAAGUGAAACGCUUCGUAACAUAGAUUUAUCAUACAAUCAAUUAUCAGGAAGCUUUCCACGUUGGGUUUUGGACGGAGGCCCAAACUUGAAUUUGGUGGCUAAUAGUUUCGUAGUUGAUAGUUCCAACAGCAGGGAUUUGAGCUUGAAUUGUCUUCAGCGAAGCUCUUCAUGCUAUCAAAACUCUCAAUACCAUUCUUCAUUCGCGAUCAGGUGCGGUGGACCCUCGAUGAAAAUUAACGAUACAGAGUAUGAGGGCGACAAAGAACCUCUGGGCCCAGUAUCCUAUAAGGUGGCCAGCACAGAGAAGUGGGCCGUCAGCAAUGUCGGAAAGUUUACUGAUGAUCAAUCCAGCGACACUACUUAUUCCAGAGAAAUUAAGGAUGUUCCGAAUACAGCCGACGCAUGGCUGGUCCAGUACGCAAGGAUAUCACCAGGAUCGUUGAGAUAUUAUGGUCUGGGGCUUGAAAACGGGAACUACACUGUAAAUCUGAAAUUCGCAGAGACGGAAUUUCCAGAUUCAAAAACUGGGAAGAGCGUUGGAAAGCGCGUUUUCGAUAUUUAUCUUCAGGGCAAUCUGGCAUGGAAAGACUUUGAUAUAAAAAAAGAAGCAGGUAUUGCCUUCAAAGGCAUUGAGAAGACACAGUGGGUUAUGGUAUAUGAACAUAUUCUUGAAAUUCAUCUUCUUUGGGCUGGAAAAGGGACUUGCUGUAUACCUUCCUGGGGCACUUACGGACCCGCCAUCUCUGCCAUCCAUGUUACUCCUAAUUUCAAACCGAUUGUCGGGGCUCGACGAAAGAAGAACAAGAUUGCUUUGGCUGUUGAAAUUUUGGCUUCUGUUGUUCUGGGCAUUGUAUCUGUUUCUGUAUUUUUGAUUUGGAAAAGGAAUAAAAGGUUGAGUGUUGAUGAAGAUGAAGAGAUUUCAAGGAUGGGUCCCAGACCAAACACUUUCAGUUACCGAGAACUGAAGACUGCCACCAAAGACUUCAGUCCGGCAAAUAAGCUGGGACAGGGAGGAUUUGGGCCCGUUUUUAAGGGCAUUUUACUCGAUGGGCGGAUAGUGGCUGUAAAGCAACUCUCGGUAACAUCUCGCCAAGGAAAGAGUCAGUUUCUAGCGGAGAUUGCCACUAUAUCUGCGGUCCAACAACGAAACCUGGUGAAAUUGUACGGAUGCUGCAUCAAGGGAGCUAAUCGGCUCCUUGUUUAUGAGUAUCUAGAAAACAAGAGCCUGGAUCAAGCACUCUUUGGAGAGAGUAACUUGCAUCUGGAUUGGCAUACACGCUUUGAGAUAUGCUUGGGGACAGCAAGAGGUCUUGCUUACCUUCACGAGGAAUCCAGGCCCCGCAUUGUUCAUAGGGAUGUCAAAGCCAGUAAUAUUCUGCUUGAUGCUAAUCUCAAUCCAAAGAUAUCAGAUUUUGGUUUGGCCAAGCUCUACGAUGACAAGAUGUCCCACAUCAGUACCCGUGUCGCAGGGACAGUCGGCUACAUCGCACCAGAGUACGCCAUGCGUGGGCAUCUGACGGAGAAGGCUGAUAUAUUUGGAUUCGGAGUCGUUGCUCUGGAGAUUGUAAGCGGAAGGCCAAACCCAUGUGAGAACGUGUAUCCAGAGAAUAUGUAUCUCGUCGAAUGGGCUUGGCAUCUCCAUGAAAACAACCGCGCAUUGGAACUGGUUGAUCCAACACUAUCCAACUUCGAUGCAGAAGAGGCAGCUCGGAUGAUCGGCAUUGGUCUUCUAUGUAUCCAGGCAUCACCAUCACUACGGCCGCCCAUGUCACAGGUGAUGGCCAUGCUGCAGGGACACAUUGAAGUGGGCACCGUCACGUCAAAGCCAGGCUACUUAACUGAUUUGCCCCCCAAUUAUCCAAUCAGCUUCAUGAGUGACGGCACUCUGACAGCAUCGACUAGUGUAACUUCUAGCAGCCAAAAGUUACCACCCGGGAAUGAAAGCAUCUCACCGUGAGAACCUUUGAACUGAUGCUGCUCGAGGUUGACCGCAUCCCAUCUCUCCAUACAUGCAUAAAUAUAUGUGCAUGCAUAUAAGAUACCAUAUUUAGACGCCAGGCGGUUUGGUUGUUGGUAUUUGAUACAUGCUUUGCAUUUAUUUAAGUCACGUUUGGAUGAUAA